AUGUCAGAUCCUGUUGUCACUGCCUUCAAUGUCCGCGACUUGAGAUGGCCAACCUCACUGCAGAACAUCGGCUCAGACCCUAUGAACCUUGCUGGCGAGAACGCACUUGGUUACCUUGAGCUUCAUACUGAUUCUGGCAUCAAGGGUGUCGGCUGGUCGUUCUCCAACGGACAAGGCAACGAUGUCCUGUGUACAGCGGUCCGCUCCCUGGCACCCCGUCUCGUCGGCAGGAAGCUCAGCGACUGGACGAAAGAUAUGGCCGCCACGCAACGCAAGUUCCAGUCAGGUCAGAUCCGGUUCAUGUCACCGGAGCGAGGCGUACUCCAGCUCGCCACCUGUGCAGUUUUGAACGCCAUCUGGGAUUUGUGGGCGAAGUCAGAGAGCAAACCUUUGUGGAGACUAGUAGCCGACUUCACACCAGAGCAAUUCAUCAAAUGUAUUGACUUCAGGUACCUGACGGACGCCUUGACUCCUGAAGGAGCACUCAGUAUGCUUAAGAAUCGAGCUAAAAACAAGGAGGAUCGACUAAAGCUCGCCCUCCAAAGCAAAGCAGUACCGGCAUAUAAUACCUCUGUAGGCUGGCUAGGCAUGAGUGACCUUGAAGUCAAGCAGAAACUCACGGAAGCUACACAAGCAGGAUUCAAGCACUUCAAGCUCAAGGCUGGACUCGGCAUCGAAACAGAUCGCAAGCGUCUUGGCAUGGUGCGCGAAGUUGCAGGUCCAGAGGCCGUACUCAUGGUCGAUGUCAACCAGAUCUGGGACGUGGAUGAGGCGAUCGAGUACAUGCCCAAACUUGCUGAUCUCAAUUUGUGGUUUAUCGAGGAGCCGACUUCACCUGAUGAUGUACUUGGGCAUGCGAAGAUCAGGAAGGCGCUGAAGCCACAUGGUAUUGGUGUUGCUACGGGCGAGCAUGUCAAUAAUCGGGUGAUGUUCAAGCAAUUAUUACAAGCUGAAGUUAAGUGCAUUGCGUGCCAUAAGCCGACGUUCUUUCGCUAA